AUGUAUGAAACUGAACCCUUUCAAGAGAAUGAGGAUGUCCAGCAUACUGAGGUUUUGGUGCAUGAACUGAGCAGCAGUGACUCUAGGGAUGAUGUCCCACCUACAAUGGAUUCGGAUGAUUCUACUGAUGGUGAAGACACUCUAUGGAUUAAGAGAGUGAUCUGUUUGAGGCAUGAUGGAUUGAAUCUUGUGCUCGAGAGGCGGAUGAGGAAGGAUCGGAGAAGUGAAGAGUGCAGACUCGAGAGGUGGGCCGAAGUGCGGAUCGCCGAUAGCGGUGGGUAG